AUGAGAAAUCGCGUGCCUCUUGUGGCGACAUCAGGGGGAAAGAGAGAUGAAGAAUUCUUUUUUAUACGAGUUGUGAAAUGUAUAAAUAAACAUCUAGGUGAAUGAUGAGAUUGGUUGGACCUUCCAUAUUGAUCGUGAAAGUCUAAUUGUGUGAUUUUCCAGCUGCUUUUCGAAAUCACAGUUCGUAGUGGCUUAUGGGCUGAAUCUGCUUAGCUGCUUAGCCACCCCUUUUUAGUGGGAGAUCACAAGGUUUCGUUUGCGUGCGAUGGCGUGCGACCGCCAAGCAUCCACAAGAACCUCACAAAACUUAGAGACCCGCGCAUUACUUAUACCGUUAUACGUAAUGGACAUCUCCUGAUCCAGAAUCCUACAACAUCCAAGAGGCUCUGGACUUAGGACCUUGUCCUUCCACUUGCCUAUGUUGACAUCAAUAACAUGCAUAACAUAUGAUUAUCGCUGAAUUAAAUAGGAAGUAUUUUCCAUCUUGGAUUUUUAUUUGAAUUAUUUUAUCUCAUUCAUUUGCGAUCGUAUCGUACCAGGAUGGUGUCAACAGAAGCGACGAAAGACUCGGACCGCGACACGAGGGAACUCACCGUCCCUACGGACGAGGAGUACGCGUCUUCGACGAAUGAUGGAGUUCAACAAUUCGCCUACUCCGACUCGCGGAAGAUUGGUAUCACUGGAGCUGUGUUCUUAAUUCUCAACAAGAUGAUUGGAACAGGAAUUUUCUCAACUCCGUCGGCCAUCUUCGCAGCAACCGGUUCAGUUGGCAUAUCCAUUAUACUAUGGAUCGUUGGGGGUAUCAUCACGUUCUGUGGUCUUAGUGUGUUCCUCGAGUUUGGGUUGGCCAUCCCGCUAUCUGGUGGUGAGAAGAACUAUCUCGAACGAGUUUACCGCCAUCCACGUUACCUGGCUUCAUGCGUUCUAGCAGCGCAGAUGAUUUUACUUGGUUUCUCAUCUGGAAAUUCCCUUGCGUUCGGCCGAUAUGUCUUGGCUGCGUCUGGAAGCACGGAAGGAGAUGGUUGGACCGCCCGUGGUAUAGCGAUCGCUUGUAUUACUUUUGCCGUUGGACUUCACUCGACUCUGCCGAAAUGGGGAUUGAGAUUGGUAAACAUUCUGGGAGUGUUCAAGGUCGUAAUUCUGGUUUUCAUCGUCUUCUCGGGAUUUGCCGCCAUUUCUGGUCGACUUCUUGUCCCACCACCAGGGAAUUUCAAGAACGCGUUUGCCAUCGAGGUAACUGAGAACUACGGCGGCCAAGGCGCUUACGGUUAUGCGACUGCGCUGCUCCAGAUUAUAUACAGUUACAAGGGCUGGGAAAACGCCAACUACGUGCUUGGAGAACUGAAGAAUCCCCGCAAGACACUUGCGAUCGCGGCGCCCAUUGCGAUUGGCGGCGUCACGAUCUUAUACGUUCUCGCCAACGUGGCAUAUUUCGCGGCGAUAAACAAAGACGACCUGGCUACGUCUGAGGUCUUGGUGGCGGGUCUAUUCUUCCGAAAUGUGUUUGGUGAUAGCGCAGCCGCUCGAGCCCUCCCCGCGUUCGUGGCAUUGAGUAACUUGGGGAACGUCUUGGCUGUGAGUUUCGCGCAUGCCCGACUCAACCAGGAAUUUGGAAAAGAAGCUCUCCUUCCAUACGGUAAAUUCUGGGCAUCUAUCAAGCCAUUUGAUGCCCCGGCAGCUGCACUUUUCCUCCAUUGGCUUAUUACGGUGAUCGUACUCGUAGCUCCGCCCGCUGGACCUGCGUACAACUUCCUCGUCAAUCUGUACACCUAUCCUGGUGCGUGGAUCAACGGCUUCGUCUCUGCUGGUCUCAUCUAUCUUCAUUACAAGAAAUCCGAAAAUUGGACCUCGCCGUGGCAUACCUACCUUCCUAUCGUCGCAUUAUACUUAUUGGCCAAUAUUUUCCUCGCUAUCGUCCCAUUCAUCCCACCAAACGGGGACUGGAACGCCGAGGGCUACCCCUAUUUCGUGUUCCCUGUUGUCGGAGUCGGUGUGUUGAUUCUUGGUGGGAUAUACUGGACUUGCUGGUCCAAGAUUUGGCCUGCUAUUGGUGGAUACCGAAUCGAAGCACACCGAAUUGUGGAAGACGAUGGUAAAGAAGUGGUUCGGUAUCGGAAGAUCAAGACGAGGUAGAGAUGAUAAAUAGAUGUGGUCGGUGGGGUAGAAGAAGAGUGUCCUGAUAAUGAUAUCCCAACUUAGAGAUACCUACCUAGGUAUUGAUUGGAGGCAAUAUUCUGUAUCGGCAUAGAGUAAGGUCAAAAUAUCAUCAAUGAUUGCCUUUGGUGUUUUGUAGCCACCCCCGUCGUAUAAGUAGUCCCCCGCCACAG